AGUGCUAAGAAAGAUGGAAAAUUACAAGGGGUAAAAGAAAAAAAAAUAACAGGAAAGGGGGGAAAGCCAGAAGGCUAACAUCACAAGGGAAAAACAGAACAUGAACAGGGGAAGGAAAAACCCACUGGGAGACAAAGUUUCAUUCUCAGCAGUACAAACUCCCAUUCUAUCUAACCAACAACUCUUGAUCCACCCCUCAAGAAAAACCACCUGCCCCAUGGAAUAAACAAAGCGCACCUACAAGAGACAGGGGCAUCAUCAAUUGCCCAACUUUCCAACUGAAAACCAUUAACAUGAUGCCUUGAUAGUUGAUACACAAAACUGGUUGUGCCAUAAUUCGCCAGCCUUUGGGACACCCCUCUUCCAUUCAUUUGGAAAUUUCCCUUCUUGGUCUUUUCUUUCCAUUCCCAGCGGGUUCACCAUUCAUUGCAGAUCCAUAAUUGACUCCUUCAUUGAAUUGGAAAUUAUUGCUCAGAUCUGUUGUUCCCGUUUCUGCAUGAGGAUGCACAAUCACGUUAUUUCCUUUCUUAGACCCCUUAUAUUUCUCCACAGAUUUCGGCUGGCUUGAAUGGGAGCUUAAAUGCUUUUUCAAAUUCGAAUUCUUCCUUCUUAUAUUGACCCAUUUUAUCUCUGUUGCUUGAAAUAAAAUUAAUGAAAGGAGAAGAUACUCACCUUGCAAGAAGAAGAAGAAGAACGAAGCGAGGUGGUGGGGUGGUGGAGCGGCGACGGCAGGCCGGGCAGCGACAGGCGGCGACGGCAGGCCUAGGUGAAAGGAACGGGCAUGAAGGCUUAGAAGAAGAACUGAAGAAGAAACCCUACUGUGAGUUGUUCUUUUUUUUUAAACUGACCGGACCAACCGUAAGAGGCAGCGUCACCGGUUUUUUCACCGAACCGGCCGAGUCUUUUCGGUUCACACCGGGCGGCUUGCAUGGCCGAUCCGAUGCUCGGCUCGAACUGGUCUAGGGUCCGAUUCCCGAUUCAACCGGUCGAACCGGCCGGUUCGAGCCGAGUUUUAUAACACUGGUCUAAACAUAUUCCCUACCAACCCAAGAGUACUUCUAGCAGAUUACAUUUUGCUUAAACUCGCCGAAUCGUCGCCGGGCUUCGAUUCUGCUCCAAAAACCCAUUUUCCGACAAAAGCUCCGCUCUUUCGGUUUAAAACUCUCGACUUAGCUUAGUGUCAGUAGGAUUAGUUGUCAUAAACGUCGUUAGUGACAUUUCUAUCUAAUUUGUUUUUCGAAAUUCCAAUUUUGAAAUUCCGAGCUAAAAACACUGACCAAAAUACCCCUGCGACAGUUUUCGAUCCGAUAAUUUUUCCGAGCUUUAAUUCGCCUUAGUUACGACUAAUGAUAACCUAGGAACCAAGUUUGAUCGAAGAAAAAUCGACGCACACAAUUAGUGUGUGUGGCCGAGAGCACCUCCAAGGGGGGAAGGAAAAUUCGUUUUUCGAAAACUUGUCUUAACGUGUUAGAUUAUCGUACUUCAGAGUUUAUGAUGCUUCGUGUAACUUUAGUAAUUAUUGUUUGCUGAGUUUCUGACUCAAUGUGAUUGAAUUCUGUGAUUUUGCUCUAAGGUUCGUUUGAGGAAUUCUAUGGAGCUGAAGAGGAAGGUUGUGAAGGAGAGCUUGAGGAACACGCUGGAGGAAUUACAGAUGUCCAUGGCGGACUGGAUCAAGAUGGUCGUCCCUUCGGGGGGGACUAGGUUUGAGAUGCUGGAUCAGGACACCCCGGGCUCAUGGGUGGUCGACCCCGUCGGUCACCGAGCUAUCUAUUCGGGGCGAAUAAUGGAGGAUCGCGUCGACAGGAUGGGAAACCUGACGCAUGGAGUUUUGAGACGCUACACCGUCAGCUUCAACCUACCACCGGGUGUGCACUGUGGACCUGGAGUUGUAGUACCAACACCACCGUCGCCUUCGGACGACGAGGACCCCUCGGAGGAGGUGCCUGUGGGAGGGACUUCAUCAGACUCUAGCUCACCCACUGUUGCGGCUGCUGUUGAUUUGGGAUCGGGUUCAGAACCCGCGAGACCAGCUGUGGAGACAGAUGUAGCCAUAGACCUAGUCGUCUUGGAUUCAGAUUCAGACGACGAUCUUGAUGAUGCGUAGUUGGGAGUGGUGUGGUGUGCUCCUCUAGCCAGGAUUAGGGUAGGAGUAGCGUUGUGGCUCUGGUCUUCAGUUUCUCAUUUUGGGGCAGGGUAGGUCCCCGACCUUUAGCUUUUUGUGUGGUUCUCUUUACGGGAAUCACAGAGAGUUGGUCGGACUAGGAGGUCUUCGGGCUGUUUUUGGGCUGACCUACUUUCGUUGGGAGGACUGUAUUCUGAAUACUUGACCUUUUAUUUUGGUUUGUACAUAUUUGCCUACGGGCACUACUUUCUGUCACUGGAGGUUACUCGUGACGUGGCUUGCUACUUACAGCGGGGGCUGUAAAUGUAUCUGUACAUUAGUUAUGUUUAUCUUUAGUCGUCGAGUCCUUAUUUCGUCAAGUCUUUAUUUACUUAAAACAAAUAUCAAAAAAAAAAUAUUCUCGUUUUUCCGCUUUGUU